AUGACAGCUUCCAUUCAAACUAGGACGUAUCUCACAGGCGCCCUCUCUCUAAUCACACUAGGCAGUAUAGCAGCCUACCUCGCCGAGCGACGCCUCAACAAAUCAUGCCCUCGCAUCCCAAUACACCAACUCCCAAAGUCAAGCGCAUGUCGCAAUCUCCUCGAAACAGGAGAAGAGGUCUCCAAUGCCUCUCCAAUGGGUGUCGAUAAACCAGUUUUAUUAUCGACCUGGCCCAGCACAGACUGCAAAACGCACUGGGUCUCGUCCUUCGUCGCGCUGCAGGUCGACAUCCCAAUAUCGCAACUGGAGAAUUACGACGCGCGGAAAUAUGGCGUUGAAGGCGGCGACAAACCCGAUGCUUCUCAACUCAGCCAGAAACUUUUUGCUGCGUUUUUGGAUGCACGGAGUCGUGGUCUCGAGGCGUGGAUCUUGGAUGAACCCACACCACCAUCUUUCACGCCUGGGGGUCUUUUAUUCGGAAAGGGGAACGACAUCGGUGCGUUUAUGCUAGGGAGUUGGAGUUCAACAUCUAGAAUUCCUCUGGAGUCCACAAACCUCCCAUCAGAAGGACCGAAGCCGGUCACCGAGUUCCCGUCAAACAAGGACGUCCUAAGUAGCGACGACACUGAUACAGCUGGUACGGCAUUCUACUGGAGAGUCCCAACCGGCCUCGUCAACUCGGUCAACCGCCCAGCCUUGUACGGUCUUCCAUGGCGGGUCAUGGAAGGCGGGUUCCAAGAAUUCAUCGUUGAGCGCGGUCCGAAUGGUAUGGCCAGGGUGUCGUAUGUCACGAUUGAGUGCUCGAAUUUGUAUCCUGGAGGUCAGAGCACGAGGGACUUUAAGAUGAUUCCGAAGUUAUUCUACGAGCUUCAUGUAUUAUAUGCGCAGAUCCUGCUGUUCAAGGCUCUGCGGCAGCUUGGGAAGUAA